AUGGCGGAGAUCAAAAAAGAUGGCCAACUUUUAGUUAAAGAAGAUGGUCUACGAGCUUGGAUUUGGUCCAGACGAUACGUUGUUCUACGUGAACAAACUCUUACUUUUCAUCGCCACGAGCAAACCAGUCAAUGUGUUGCUCUUAUUUUUUUAAAAGAAAUUAUAGGUGUAGCAAGAUCUGAACUGAAAUCUCAUUGUUUCGAAUUGAGGACAAAGGCAAAAUCACAUUACAUGGCUUGUCGUAAUGAUGAAGAACUCUAUUCUUGGAUGGACGAAAUAUAUAAUCGAUCUCCUUUAGGUACUUCAGGCCCAACUAAUUUUGUUCAUAAGAUUCAUGUUGGAUUUGACCCUAUUACAGGUGCAUUUACGGGUUUGCCUGAGCAAUGGAAUGCAUUAUUAAAGGGGUCCAAGAUUACAGCGGAAGAUGCAGCUAAAAACCCCCAGGCUGUAUUGGAAGCACUUGAAUUUUAUACUGAACAAACCAUAGGAGGUAAAGGUACAUAUAAUGAAAGAGACAGGACUAUUGAUCACGAUAUCAAUCAUGAUAACAAGAAUAUAACAUCAUCGUCAUCAUCAAAUCCAAAACCAAGUAUAUCAACACCUGCAAUGCACCAUAUUCGUGAAAUGCCUGCAAAACCCAUCAUAUUGAAACCCAUUAUGCAGCAAAACGAAGUAAUUAUGUCCAAGUCCGGCUUCAAACAAAUUAAUAAUACAAAUAAUGCUCAAGUCAGAUUAAUGGAAAAAUUGAACCCAAAAACAGAUUAUGUAGAAGAACAACAAGAAUCAAAAAAAAAUCCAACUUCCAAAUUUAAAACAACAACAGCAACAACAAAAAGAGAUAAUGAAAGACAGGUAAAGCCAAUAGUUACCAAAAAUGGGUAUAAUACACAUUACAAUAAGCCAGUUUCACCUAUUCCCAAUACUACAAUAAAUGGACCUAUUCUACCACGUAAAUACAAUUAUGCCAGUCCUCCUAUCAAAUAUCAACCAGAGGAUACGCGAAAUAUGUCUUUUGCUGAACGUAUCACACGCUUUGAACAGGAAAAAGAAAGAUUAAAAAUGGCAGCUGCUGAACUAGAUCGUUAUAAAAACUUGAAGAAGCGAACUAAGGAUUUAGAAGCCAAAAAGCUAAUACCAGAAGUUAUAAUCAAGAAAAAGCCCCUGGUAUCUGUAGAUUCAUUAGUAAAGGAAUCUAUUAAAAAAUCAUCUAUUAUACCCGAUCUACAACCCCAAAUAUCGACUCCUGUACCAUCAUCCAAUCUAGAAAAUGAUAAGACUAAAAAAGGAACUGGAUCAAAUAAGAAGAAAGGCGAGAAGAGAAUUAGUACAAUGAGCGAUAGUCAAAUUAUGGAACGACUUCUUUCUGUGGUUACAACUGGAGACCCUAAUCUUCUUUAUAAACGCGUAAAAUGCAUAGGGCAAGGCGCUUCUGGGUCUGUUUACUUAUCAAGUCAUAUUGCAAAUAAUGCUAAAGUAGCUGUUAAGCAAAUGGAAUUAUCUAAACAGUCUCGACUUGAUUUAAUCGUGAAUGAAAUUAUGAUCAUGAAAGAAUCACGUCAUGAGAACAUAGUUAAUUUUCUGGAUGCAUUCUUGGUGCGUGGUGAUUUAUGGGUUAUCAUGGAAUUCAUGGAAGGUGGUGCCUUAACAGAUGUUAUUGAAAAUAAUACUAUGAAUGAACAGCAAAUAGCAACUAUCUGUUUAGAAACUACAAAAGGAUUAGACCAUCUGCAUUCGCAAAAUAUCAUCCAUAGAGAUAUCAAGUCUGAUAAUGUAUUACUAAAUUUUCAAGGUCAAGUAAAAAUUAGCGAUUUUGGUUAUUGUGCUAAACUUACUGAUCAGAGAAAUAAGCGGGCAACUAUGGUUGGAACCCCUUACUGGAUGGCUCCAGAAAUUGUAAAGCAAAAAGAAUAUGGUGCUAAAGUGGAUAUUUGGUCACUAGGAAUUAUGGCAAUCGAAAUGAUAGAAAAUGAACCACCUUAUCUUGAUGAAGAACCUUUAAAAGCACUUUAUUUAAUUGCAACGAACGGUACACCUUCACUAAAAAGACCAGAAACGCUAUCAAAGGAAUUGAAAAACUAUUUAGCAGUUUGCCUAUGUGUUGAUGUGAAGUCUAGAGCUAGCGCUGCUGAAUUGCUUAAUCAUGAGUUCCUUAAGAAAGCUGGACCAAUUGAUGUGCUAUUGCCAUCUCUUUUAAAGUUUAAAAAAAAGUAA